AUGACUCUCCAAGCGGCCUCGAAGGACUAUCCAGUCUGCCGAGAAUGUCGAAUACGAAAAAUACGCUGUGGCCGGGAGCGUCCCAAAUGUGCCAACUGCAUCCGCUUCGGUCACAGCUGCGAAUGGUCCAGUCAGGGCAAAAAGCCGAACCAGACUGCAUUGCUCGCCAGCCAGAUCAAUGACUUAAGGAACCAGGUGGACCGGCUGGACGAUGCUAUCACGGAAAUACAAGCUUCCAUGCGGAUGUUCCAUGCCAUCUCCUCGCACGAACCUCAGCCAAAGCUUCCCUGUGUCAGUUGCACGGGGUCAGGGGCCGUGGGCAGUUAUCUCAACCCCUGCGGCAGCGCUCCGCAAUCGACACAAAAGGGGGGCUCUCAUCUACCCUGCAGCCCCUACAGCAAUGCUAAGGGAUACUACCUGGAUUCCGUAUUCGAUAUCAGCGCCUCAGUGCAGGAGCUGGCUUCAACACACGACGCUAGUACGAAUUCUCAGCCUUCGGAUGCUUCUCACAGAGUCCUGUCCAGCAUUUUUCCGGAAUCAGUCAAGCCACACCAAGCUACUAUCCGGCUCGAAAGGAUCCCCACCCUAGCCGGGUCUGCAAAUUAUUCACCAGGUCUCGCAGACGAUUCGCCGUGCCUAGUAGCGGAGUCAUAUCACCUAUCAGGAGCAUACCGGGAGGAGCACCAGUUGGUGUCCGGCCCGACUGCUUGGGGACACUCUGACGGAACACCCGGUCAUUCGAUGUACCUGAAUCCCUAUUCCCCACCACAAUCGUAA